AUGGAGCGCGCAAGAAAGAGAGAGCUCCGGGAUCUAAACGCCGCCGUUUGGGCGGGAGACACAGACAUCUUUGAAGUUAGCAAAUCCCUAGACUCUGCACUGAAGAAGAAUACGGCCUUUAUCAAACGUCUUCGCACUGGAAUCACUGCCUCAGCUCUGCCCACAUUUAUCACCGAUGUUCGCUCGCUUUCACUCCAUAAAUACCUCUCAGAAAUUAUAUCAGCAUUUUAUGAGGGUCUCUGUAAGCUCAAGACACCGGGAGAAAUCGCGGCAGGCGUUGAAAUUGCCAGCGCAAUCCAUCAGCGUUUUGGCCCAGAUGAAUUUACGAAACGACUGGCGUGGAACUUGGGCCGUGGACUAACCUCGCCGGAUAAAGCACAGCUCAAAGCCUGGACACAAGAAGUCCGUGAGCGGGAAGAAAAGGAACGCCUAUCCCGACACAGGGUUCUACUCCGCGUGGUAACAGAGUUCUGGCUGGCCGGUCUCCUUCGAAGUUUAGAUGAUGUAGAGAGACCAGAUGAUUCUACACCAAAGGGCAAGGACACGAUACCAACUCUAGGUGGAAAGGGGUCCGAUGGAAGUUCUAAACCUCGACAGUCUGCGAAACUAAACCAGGAUAAGGACGAGGAACCGUUCCCCCUUGAGGUGCUAAAGGACUUACUCGGGUACGAUAGAGAACAUGUCAAUUUGCCCUUGGCUCUACUCUUUGCUAGGACAUAUAGCUGGGAUAUCUUGGGAAUUAAGGCUGUUGAGGAAGGGAGAAAAACGGUAGAGGCAAAUGGAACCACUACAGACACCUCCAAGGAAGUACAAGGCGGUACGUCUGGGGAUGAGGCUGGCACAAAUACAUCUCAGCUCGAUGACCCACCACUGAUUUCUGAAAAAACUCAAACGCGGUUUAAGAACGUGUUAAACAGAUAUCUUGAAGACGUGAAGAAGCAUGUUAGCCGGGAUCAAAAAGCUCUUGCAAACCAAAGUCGCCGAAAUGCAGAGGCUUAUGUGAAAAGCGGCGAAAUCCUCGAGGAUCGACAAUCUAAUUUCGAGAAGCAGACAAAAGCACACGAGAAGUUAGUGUCAAAUACACAAUCACUAUGUGAGAUCCUAGGCUCUGAAAUGCCUGACUUGGCUGAAAAGGAUGCCUCAGAUGGUGCAACGAGCGGAAGCAUCGGCCUUGUGAAGACUGGCGAGUACCUACGUGGUCAAGGCGAAGGGGCUGGUAUCUGGGAAGACGAGGAAGAGAGGCGCUUCUACGAGAACCUCGCAGACUUCAAGGGAAAAGUCCCCGCCGUGCUUCUGGAAGAUGGGAAAAAGAAGAAAGCAGAUGGGGAUGAUCAGCCUAAAGGGAAGUCCGACUCUGAAGGACAAAAUGGGACUGGUGCCCCUGAAGGCACCAGCAAGCCAGAUUCACAACCAGCUGACUCCAAUCCCCGGGAACCAGAAGAGCCCGCUACUGCUAUUGCCAACAAGUCCGUUGGAGCUCAGGUCGAUGCACUACUUUCUAAGCUUCCGGAUCUGGCCAACAAGGAAGCUGUUGAUCAAUUAGCUCUUGAUUUCUGUUUCUUAAAUUCAAAGGCAUCUCGAAACCGACUUGUCAAGGCAGUUCAAGAAGUGCCCAAGGGUCGUUCAGAUCUCCUGCCGCUCUACGCUCGUCUUGUGGCUACUCUAGGCCAGUAUCUUCCUGAUGUACCCCAGGGCCUAAUCACAUACCUGGACGAUGAAUUCCGCAGUCUUCAACGACGCAAACAAAAAGAGUUCCUGGGUCAAGUCCGUACAAGCAACAUUAGAUAUCUAGCUGAGCUCACCAAAUUUGGCGUUGUUCCCGAACACGUUAUAUUCCACUGCUUCAAAGUCAGCCUUGAUGAAUUUUCUCGCAUGAACAUCGAGAUUAUAGGUAAUUUGCUGGAGAACUGCGGCAGGUAUCUUUUGAGGAACCCCGAGACAGCCCCCAGGAUGGCAUCGUUCCUAGAAACACUAGGACGAAAGAAAUCUGCGCAACACCUCGGUCAACAGGAACGAAUGAUUAUUGAAAAUGCCAUGUACUACGUCGAUCCCCCACAGAGACCAGCCAUUCAGCAAAAAGAGCGUACACCAAUGGAGCUGUAUAUCCGGAAGUUGUUGUAUUUGGAUAUGAAUAAGCGGAACUACACUAAGAUUUUAAAGGCUAUUCGCAAGCUACACUGGGAAGAACCUGAGGUGGUCGACAUUCUCGAGGGUAUAUUCAGCAAACCCGGAAAAAUCAAGUAUGGGAAUAUUCAUCUCCUUGCAAUCAUCGUCAGUGCACUAUAUCGCUACCACCAGGCAUUCGUGAUUGGUGUUAUCGACAAUGUUCUCGAGAGAAUCACCGUCGGCCUAGAGAACAAUGAUUUCAAGUUCAAUCAGGCACGAAUUUCAGAAGUUAAGUACUUAGGAGAACUUUAUAAUUACAAGAUGGUUGACUCGCCAGUUAUCUUCGAUACUCUUUAUCGAAUUGUUACUUAUGGACAUGAGGGCGGUACACCAUCGCCAGGCAAAAUAAACCCGCUUGAUAUGCCAGACGAUUAUUUCCGUAUUCGUUUGGUCUGCACCAUACUAGAUACCUGCGGUGUUUGUUUCGACCGAGGAAGCGCAAAGAAGAAACUCGACUUUUUCUUAACGUUUUUCCAGUACUACUUAAAUACCAAGGACCCUAUUCCCAUGGACGUUGACUUUGUCAUCCAAGAUACCUUUGCACUGACUCGCCCACAAUGGAAGUUUGCAGCCGACUUUACAGAAGCUACCAAAUUGUUUGCGGAGGCGGUUGCACAGAACUAUCAAGUGCAAGAAACAGACAAGGCCGUAGAACCAGAAGAUGAAGCAGACAGUUCUUCUUCUGACGAAGACAUGGAAGAUGAUGGGGCUCCCGAUGUUGAGGAGCUUACUACUGACGAGGCAGAGGUCACUGCUAAUGAACCAGAUGACGAGAAUGAAUCUGAGUCAGAAGAAGAGCAGAUAUUCGUAUCCCGCCAGGAAGAAGAACGUGACCCUGAAGCUGAAGCUGAAUUUGACAGGGCCUUUGAGAAAAUGGUAUCUGAAAGUGUAGAGUCCCGAAAGUUCGAGCGCAAAACGAUGUUCGAUGUUCCCCUACCCAUGAGACGUGCAAAUCCCCGCGAGCCUGCGCCAGUUGAAGAGACCAAAGAAGCGACCCCGGCGCCUUCUAGUACGAUGCCGUUCUCCCUUAUGACCAAACGUGGGAACCGCCAGCAGACUCGUACCAUCGACCUUCCUUCGGACUCUAGUUUUGCAGUUGCAAUGAAAACCCAACAACAAGCAGAGCGCGAGGAGCAACAACGAAUUAAAAAUCUAGUUUUGAAUUAUGAUCUUGGUGACGACAAUGAUAGCAAUGAUGGUGAUACCAACAUUUCCACAGCCCACUACUUCAUUCUACGAAAGAACCCCAAUACUAAAGGCUCACUUAAAGGUUCCGACAAGCGACCGUCUUCCCACCGCGAUUCAAGAAACGAUAAACCAGCUCGCAGUGGAUUCCGUGCUCGUAAACUACAACUGAGUGAUGUUGACUGGUACGACUAA